AUAUUGACAGCAACCCUCUUGUACCUCCUCCCACCUGCUUUAUCACACCCGUUUGCUUGUUUUCAUGUUCACGGAAGAGAUAAAGGCCUUCCGAAGGCUUGGCUUUCGCCAUGUACUACUCCAAGCCUUGAACUUUGCAACUGUCAUCGCUUCAGGCUUGAUGAUCUGGAAGGGUUUGGGCAUAAUAACCAACUCUGAAUCGCCCAUCGUCGUCGUUCUCAGUGGGUCAAUGGAACCAGCAUUCUACCGCGGCGACCUCCUCUUCCUCACAAACCCCGUCUCAGAACAAUACAAGACAGGUGAUAUAACGGUAUACAAGAUCCCCGGCGCGGAUAUUCCCAUCGUCCAUAGGGUGCUGGAGACACACGACGUUCCACCCAAAGGUAGGAAAGCGAAGGAGGCUGGGGAGCCGGCGAGCCAGUUGAUGUUGACGAAGGGUGACAACAAUUAUGUGGACGACCUGGAACUUUAUCAAGGGCUACAGUGGCUUGAGAGGAAGCAUAUAGUGGGUAAAGUUAGAGGGUUCUUGCCGUAUGUGGGAUACGUCACUAUUGCGAUGAACGACUUUCCACAGUUGAAAUACGCGUUACUUGGUGUCCUGGGUCUCCUCGCUUUGUUGCAGAGGGAAUGAUGACUCCCAUUCUUUGUGUAACAGAAAAACCCAUCGUCAGGUUAUAAACGUUGAAUUUUAGACCU